AUGGAAACUGUAACAGCACUUGAUGUGCCAGCUAUGGAGCAGCCUCCAGCAAAACGGGCAAAAGAUAUAACUCAGGAUCUCUUAACUAACACAACUGAAACAUUAGACACAUUAUCAUCUAACGCUAGUACAAGUCAUGAGAGUAAUGGAUUAGAGCUCUUACAAAUAUUCAAUUCAAUGGUAGCGGGAGCUAGUUCGAUUGCAAAUCUCAAGAAUAGUCCGAAACCUAUCUCCACCAAGAAAAAGCCAUCUAUUCAAAUUCAGAUGGAAAAACAACAACUCAACUCUUUAAAAGAAGCUGCUAAGAAAAAAGCUUUCCUGAAAAAAGAAGAAAUCAGGACGAGCGAAGAAGAUUGUGAAAAACCUACCAAAAUAGCUCCCAUAUACACUCAUCCCUUACUUUCACCAGAACAAGCCGUAAAUUCGUUGUACCAUCUUAAUAGAGCACAGAUAAUACAAUUCUCACUGCAUGCGAUUGACGCUAUUAGUGGAGUUAUAGAAGAGAAGAUGGAACGACAGAAGUAUCUGGAUAAAAGACGGUUAGAUUUGGCUCACAUACUCAUACGAUUGGGCUUAGCCCACGGUUCCGAAUCCGAAGUCAUCCCAGAUUCUUAG